CCUCCCUCCAUGUGUCUGUGCCGUAGGACUGGCUCCCUCUACUUCCGGGUCCCGUCAUUUUCAUUCUCCCGCCGAUCAGCUCAACAAACUGAGUCUCUUGUAUAAGGCAGCAGCAGCCAACCUGCCAGCAGUCAGUCAUCUGCCAGAGACAGGCUGCAAAUUCCCCACCUCAUCCACCCAACUCAGCUCCACAUUCUCUGCACUCGGAAGCACUUUGCUUUGGCUUUCAUUACAUUUGUAACUAGUUUUAUUUUUAUAUUUAUUUGGGGUUUUUUAUUUUUUUAAUUGGUUUCUCUUCAUCAUUUGGAUCUAGAAUUUUUUCACGUGUCACUGGGAAAAAAAAUAAAAGAGACAGAGAUCUGUAGGGAGCUGUCAAGAGGAGUUACAGGAAAGAUAGGAGCAGCAGGGGAGACGCGUAAGGAGAGAGAGAGGGGUUGGAAGAUUUGCUGCUCAAUCGUAUCUUCAUCAAUAUCACCAUCAUCUUCCUCCUCCUCUCCUGCCACCAUCCCUCAUUCAACGCGCUGACAUGCUCUGCCUCUGAUUGACAUCUGAAGUGGCGGAGAGCCAUGACAGUCCCCACUCUGGGUACGUGUGGCUCUCUCCAGGGCCGCCACUGACCCCCAACUUGGGAUUUUGGACACUUUAUUUCCUCUGAUCAUUUUGUUAAAAACAACCCAAAAACAAAAAGGAAGAAAAAAAAAAAAACUAAACACAAACAAGGACAACAAGAAGGAGCCCUCACCCCACCCCCGCGCCUUGGCUUCUGAAUUAACAUGAUUAUUUGAUUGCAUUUUCUCUUCUUGGAGCCGGCUAAGGAAUCUUUGUUGGAUUGCAGCAGGAACAAGAAAUAUUUGAGUUUUUCCCCCCUAGCCCCCCAUUCCCGGGACUCGAGAGGCUCCAUUCUGGGAGCAGGGGACGAGGAGAUACCCUAGGGCUGCCGGACAGCUGUUUAUUGAUGGCGCAAAGGUACGAUGAGUUACCGCACUAUGGCAUGGACGGAGUGGGGGUGCCAACAUCAAUGUACGGCGACCCCCAUGCCCCUCGCCCUAUCCCACCGGUACACCACUUAAACCACGGACCCCCCCUCCAUGCCAGCCAGCACUAUGGAACACAUGCCCCUCACCCCAAUGUUAUGCCCACAAGCAUGGGAUCUGCUGUGAACGAUGCCCUAAAGCGGGACAAAGAUGCCAUUUACGGACACCCCCUUUUCCCUCUGCUAGCUCUGGUUUUUGAGAAAUGUGAACUGGCAACGUGUACCCCGCGGGAGCCGGGAGUCGCGGGAGGGGAUGUGUGCUCGUCGGACUCCUUUAAUGAAGAUAUCGCUGUGUUCGCCAAGCAGGUCAGAGCAGAGAAACCACUCUUUUCUUCAAACCCGGAGUUGGAUAAUUUGAUGAUACAGGCGAUCCAGGUCUUGCGGUUUCACCUCUUGGAAUUAGAAAAGGUCCAUGAACUCUGUGAUAAUUUUUGCCAUCGAUACAUCAGCUGUUUGAAAGGAAAAAUGCCCAUAGAUCUAGUGAUUGAUGAAAGGGACGGCAGCUCCAAAUCUGACCACGAAGAACUCUCUGGGUCCUCCACAAACCUUGCUGACCAUAAUCCUGCCUCGUGGCGAGAUCAUGAUGAUGCUGUUUCCACGCAUUCUGCAGGUACCCCGGGACCUUCAAGUGGUGGUCAUGCUUCACAAAGUGGAGACAACAGUAGUGAACAAGGUGAUGUGUUGGAUAACAGUGUGGCUUCUCCUGGCACAGGGGAUGACGAUGACCCAGACAAGGACAAAAAGAGGCAAAAGAAACGGGGCAUUUUCCCAAAAGUAGCAACAAACAUUAUGAGGGCGUGGCUUUUCCAGCAUCUCACGCAUCCAUACCCCUCAGAAGAACAGAAGAAGCAGUUAGCACAGGAUACGGGACUGACUAUUUUGCAAGUUAACAACUGGUUUAUCAAUGCCAGGAGGCGAAUAGUACAACCUAUGAUUGACCAGUCAAAUCGAGCAGGUUUUCUUCUUGAUCCUUCAGUGAGCCAAGGAGCAGCGUAUAGUCCAGAAGGCCAGCCAAUGGGAAGCUUUGUUUUGGACGGGCAGCAACACAUGGGAAUCAGGCCAGCAGGCCCUAUGAGUGGAAUGGGCAUGAACAUGGGAAUGGACGGGCAGUGGCACUAUAUGUAACACUUUUGCGGCGCAAUCAAGGGGAAGUCUACAGGGCAUGCCAGGGGACUGUCUUUCUCAGGGUGGUCCUAUGGGUAUCUGCUUGGUACAACCAGCUCACAUAUCUCCCCAGUUGGCAUCAGCCUCUUCCUCCAGACAUGGACCACCAGUGCCCUCCAUCUGCCAAGUCACCCUGUCAACAGCCAUUUGUAUACAGAGAGGAUCUGCUCUCCCAUGGAUGGCCAUGUCAGCACAAGCACCCAAUCCUUCUGGCCCCAGCCCUUGGCAUCAUAUUCUGGACAAGGAAACCCACCGGUAAAAAGGAACUUCGAGGGAAUAAAAUGUUAUUUAUGACUUUUUGAACUUUGACCAGUUUUACAAGUAAAUUAAAUUCCAGACAGCUGUGAUUUUUUUAAAAGGAAAAAAAAAAGUCAUUUUUUUCAAACUCAACAAAGGACCAAUGAACCAAGAACACAAAUGUGAAGUGGUGGGUUCCCUUACAAAGCCCAUUGCAACCAGACCCCCAAGUCCCCUCUGGAAAGCAGAAAGACUCAGAGAUAUAAUAACUACUGUAGGAUAAAUCAUAGGAACUAAGUUAACUUGUACAUUUCUGUUGAUUGAAAUAGUUUUAGAAGAAACAAAAAGAUAUCCUUGUUUUUUCCACACUAUGUGUGUUGUUUCCAAAAGAAUGACUGUCUUCGCUCAGCCGAACCCCCCUUCCUCAUGGAAACUUACUGACUAUUUCCACCUGUGACCAGUGCAGGGGAGAGAGAGCCUCCAGCUUGAGACUUGGGGCCCUUGUCUGCAACCCCCGGUCGGUCAGCACUACAGGACAUGCCACUGGGACAGUUGCACCGUCACUCGGACACUAAAGAGACACUGCCUCUCCCUGAUGUGGGCAUCCCCUCGUAUGGAAGGGGGCAUCCUGCAAUCUGGUCUUUGCACCAAAUGACAGACUGAACUUUAUUGUAAACUCAAAGAUUGGAGUAUGGAAGCGAGUGUGUGAGCAAUGCGUGUGUGUGCGACUGCGAGCGUGUGAGAGCGACUGCCGGGGAGAAAGCGUGACAGACAGAGAAUACUGUAACAAGAUUCGUUCAGAGUUCGUUCUAUUAAUGUUUCAUGUUAGAUAUUCUAUGUGUUACCUCAAUUGAAAACAAGAAUGUUCUCCUAGUACAACCUGCUGUGGGAUUGGUAUUGUAUGUCCAUGGAUAAUUUCUUUCUCAGCACGUGUUCCUCAUUAGAGAAAAAUGCUGUUACCUUAAGCUUUGUCAGAUUUACAUUAAAUACUUGUAUGAGGACUGUGAGUUUAUGUUUAAAGAAAAAAAAGUGUUAAAAAAUUCGGUAAUAAAUAUUUCAUUUUGGAUUUCGUA